AUGUCUCUCGGAAAGAAGUACACGCUCAACACCGGCAAGGAGAUUCCCUUGCGCGGUUACGGAACUUGGCAGGCUGCCCCCGGCGAAGUCGCUGCCGGUGUCUUCGAGGCCCUCAAGGCGGGCUACCGUCACCUGGACCUUGCCAAAAUUUACCAGAACCAACGCGAGGUCGCUGAGGGUCUCAAGAAGGCCUUCAAGGAAAUCCCCGGCCUGAAGAGAGAGGACAUCUUCAUUACCUCCAAGCUCUGGAACAGCCAGCACCGUCCGGAUGUGGUUGAGGCUGCUCUGGAUGACACCCUGAACGAGCUUGGUCUGGACUACCUUGACCUCUACUUGAUCCACUGGCCGGUCGCAUUCAAGACGGGUGACGAGUUGUUCCCUCUUGUGGAGGGAAAGAACCUUCCAGACGGAGAUGUUGAAAUUGAUGACAGCAUUUCCCUCGUUGACACGUGGAAGGCCAUGAUCAAUCUCCCCAAGAGCAAGGUGCGAUCGGUGGGUGUGUCGAACUUCAACAUCGAGCAGCUCGAGGCGAUCAUCAAGGCGACCGGUGUUGUCCCUGCCGUCAACCAGAUUGAGCGUCACCCUCUCCUUCAAAGCAAUGAGCUGAUUGCCUACGCGAAGGAGAAGGGAAUCCACAUUACUGCCUACUCGGCCUUCGGAAACAACAUGCUCGGUGUUCCUCUGCUUGUUAACCGCCCAGAAAUCAAGGAAGUUGCCGAAAAGGCUUCCAAGCGCCUCGGUACCACGGUUACUCCCGCUCAGGUGAUUCUCGCCUGGUCUGAGGUUGGCGGACACAGUGUGAUCCCCAAGUCGGUCACUCCCUCUCGUAUCGUCGAGAACUUCACCGACAUCGAAUUGGCGCCUGAUGAGAUUGAGGCCAUCAACGCUCUUGGAAAGGAGCGCCGGCGCUACAACAUCCCUUACAUUGCAAACAAGCCUCGCUGGGACAUCGACGUCUUCGGCGAGCCGGAAGAGAAGCCUGCUACCCACAAGGUUAACCUUGGCGCGUAA